CGGAGUCGUUAUCUGGGCGAGCAGAUACGUGUCGCUAUCAGUUGCGGCGCAGGUGCCCGGUCUGACGAGUCGACGCGCCGAGAUCGAGACCUCAAGAUGGCGCUGAAGAGCACUUGGUAUCCGGUUUUCAUAGCUGCCUGCUGUUGGCUGUCAGGCGCAACAGGGCAAGAGAAUGCGAUGCCACGCUUGCCAGACUCUCUUCUCGAGUGCUAUAACGCAAGCGGUUUGUACAACAAAGAGAACUUGCUGCCCAUGACAAUCACCACGCUUCUGGACAUCGUGAGGAAGGUUGAAACAUCCGAAGAUGGCCGCAACAUGAAUCUUCUGGCUUUGACAACGUCCAUACUUCACAGAUUCAAGAUGGAUGGGAUUGAGCGGAAUCCGAAUGUUCCAGAUCAAGAUGGUGUCAUACCUUAUACUGUUUCUGGCACUCAGUUCUACAAACACAGGCUUCUUUUAAUCAUGUUAAUACCGCAGAACAAUUACAGGUUCCCGAAUAACACACUCACACCAGUCGAAAGGUGCACGCUGCACUUCAUGCUGUCCAAGUCGGUGGAGCACUACCAGCGCGGCGACGAGGCCACCACGUGCAGUAGGCUGGCCACCGCCUCGUCCCAGCUGAGCCGCCGGAGGCGCGCUGCCUCCGAGGACGUCCCUGCAGCGCCGGCUGAGCCCGCGGCGGCUGGCGAUGUCGCCGCCCUGCCGGCCGAGGACGAUGGCAGCGGCGCCGUGGACGGCGAGCUCACCACCGAGGGCGCCAUCACCGCGGCCGUCGAGACCUCCGCCACAGCCGCCGCCGAGACCAGCGCCACAGCCGCCGCCGAGACCAGCGCCACAGCCGCUGCCGCCGAGACCACCGCGACCGCCGCCAGCGAGGUGGAGCUGGUCAAGCAAGUGGACGAGACGGAGAAGAAGGGCAACAUGUUCCUAGACCCCAACGAGAACCUGCGACUGUACGGCCGGCCGGCAUCGGGCCGCUACCUCGACGACAUCGACCGCGAGGAGUCGGAGACCAUCCAAGAGGAGUCUGCUGGGGCGGCGGCCGUGGAGCACGUGAGCUACUCGCCGCGGGCGCUCUUCUCCGUCGCGCUCAGCGACUGCCCGGUGGAAAACGGGGUGAUGAUGACGGCGUCGGGCGCGGUCAGCGUGGCCAGCGUGUUGGCGGGCAUUGCGGCCGGCCUCGAGCCGCAGACGGUGCCUCUGGCCAACCUGGCUGCCGCCAGCACACGCUCCAACGCUCUCGUCGAGGCCGCCUCCACGAGUGCCGCGGCCGUCGACAACCGCUGGGCAGCCACGCUGGCAGGCGACCUGGCCGAGGUGACCUUGUACGAGGGCCCGCUGGGCACCAUGCGCGCCGGCGCGGCGGGCGGAUGGAACGACACGCAGAUCCCUCGCUGGUACUUCCUGCAGGACGCCAGCCGCCGCUACAGCCACCUCACCGACACCGAGAUCCGAGGCGGCAUCGACGGCUUGACCUUGGCGAGCAACAUCCAGACGUGGAACCAACAGGCGCCAGAGCUGAGACUGUCGGAGGUGCUGGAGAUGUACUACUCGGAGACGGGCCUCUUCCAGACGAGGUUCCGCUCCUGCCAACGGAAGGACAACUUCGUGGGCGUGGCUCCGAGUGCAGAAAUGGCGCAGCAGACUUCCAGCUUUGCAGUGGUUCUGGACCCCCAGAGCAUAUCGCCAGCCCGCCUCAGCUUCUCCGCCAUCAGGAACUAUUCGCAAAUCGCCUCCAACCAGCUCACCACCUAUGUGCCCUCCGGAUUGGUCGACCAGGCGUGCCGCACGGCGCAGGACGGCAACACAGCAGUCUCGCCGAACAUGGCCGUCGACCUGCUGGUGGUUCUCGACAGCGGCUGGGACUACAGCUACGUCACGCGGCUCCUGGCGACCUUAAUGGAUAGACUCCAGGUGAACCCAUACUUCAGCAACAUUACAAUUAUAGCCGGCCAGCAACCCCAGUUGUUGCUUAAUUCCACCAGCAGACAGACCGACUUCUUCACUAAUUUCACUUCAAACGCUUACGGCAACUUGACUCGCGGCAUGAACCUCCGGGUGCUGCUCGGCACGACCUUGAUGCAGCACUUCCAGAACAAGCUGGAGGACGAGCGACGUGGCAACGUCGCCGGCGGUCGGGCGACUGCGGUGUUGUUCGUGCCUGCCCAGGGCUUCUCCGUCUCGGACGACGACCUGCAGGCCUGCAUCGCGUCCUACAGCUGGUUCCGGACGCGGCUUCCAGAUGUGAAGUUUUUCUACCUGGUUGCCGGGAACGGCGACCGCUACAGAAGUCUGGUGGAUGACGGCAGCAGAGACAUCUUCACGCUGACCACAGGGCAGACUGCCAUAGAGUCUACAGUGGCCCCGAUCGUUGCCAGAUUUACCUCGCUGCACCAGCGGGUCGUGAACCCCAACUGCGGCUCCGACUGGACAGAGCGGUCCUACAGCAGCGUGCAGUUCGCGGCCGCCAUGGACCCCUUCACCGUCAGCUACUACCGCCUGCACCCCAACUACUUCGUCACCGCCACGGCAGGGGUGCUCAGGGUGCAAGGCUCGCCCUCGGGCGCGCUGCGCGUGUGCUGGUCGCGCUCCGUCGAGUUCCCGAACAACGCCUCGGCGGGCAGCAACUCCGUGUCCUGCCAGCUGAUCGGCAGCAACGCCUACGAGGUGCCGCUGGUGUCCGCGUGCGACGGCUACUCCGUGUCGCAGUGCCCGCCGCUCUACCUGUCCGUCGAGUCCACCUCCGACAGCACCAGCUUCACCUGCAGCGACCGCACCGUGUGCAGAUCCGUGAGAAGCCUUCGCUACUUCUUGAGUCACGAAGGCCUGGGGUGCCGCGCGGGAGUCGGCCAGAUCGUCGCCAGUUCUCUCCUCACCUGCAUCGCCGCCAUUUCGGUCGCACUCGCAAGAACAUGGUUCGAGAGCAGCACUUGAAGGCCACGCAGCUAUUGUGCCUGCUCAGUGGACCACGCACAGACUUUCUAGAGUAUAGUGACAGAACUUUUAAAAAAGGCGCGUGAGCUAGAACUUGAUUUUUUUAAUUUUAAUUGUCCGACGAGAAAAACGAGAAAACAUAUUUGGAAAUGUAAAUAGUAACUGAUUGUAGGCGUAGAUAGUUGCUUAAUUGAUUAAAACCCUUUGCAAGUUAAUUGUACGUAGCUUUUAUCUUAUAAAUACACGUUUUAUUUUAAAGGACUGUAUUUUUUUUUAAUGUUUCCAACCAGUUGACAAUUAGUAGCCCUACUGGUUUGUAUUCAAUAUGAACAAGUCAAGAUGCCUAAAUAGUUUCUAAGAACAAUCUAACGUAUGUUUUUAUAUUUGAGAACUCAUAUGCACAUAUACAGCAGCUUAUUUGGUAUUUUACUCUAAUUUAAGUUCUUUCGAUAUUUGUUGUUUUUGUGAUACAUUAAAUAUUAAAACAUAAAAUAAUUCGUAGUGAAAUUCGAAAGAGUCAUUAAUGUAAUUUCUUUACUUCUAUUGCUUAGGCUUUAAAGUUGUAAUUUGUAAAAUGUUUUUAAAAAAUCCCAAUUUAUAUUUACUGUUUAUCAAUAAGUAUAAAAUAUUAACUUAUUUUAAUUUUUUGUUAAUUUAUUUUUUAGUUUUGCAGUGUUGAAUAUUAUGUAAUCUUACAAGUACCUAAUUCUAAUUAAGUAGUGUACCAAAUAUUAAAUCUCAUUAAUAAACAUAAUUGAUCAUGUAAUUUAAAAAAAAAAUUUGACUCUAUUAAAUAUUUCUUUAAAUAUGA